CACCUCAUUUCUGAACAUGGUCAGAGCUAUUUCCACAUCACUUGUGAACCAAGCAGUAUCUUGUUUCUUGACAAUUUCCAUUAAUUGAGAACUUAGCAGCUCUUAAAGUCAACCCAUUUGGAUAGUUGUAAUUAUGAGCUCUUUCCUGUUUUCCCAUCUACUAGUGCCUUCUUUUCUAAGGGAUUCUAAUAUUUAUUUUCUGUGUACCUAUUUAUGUGCAUAUUGUUUUUCCCUUAAAGUUCCCUCAUAAGCUUCUUCCUAAGUAAGGACGUUUUCGUUUUCAUUUUGAGACAGUGCCUAACCAAUCAUACAUAGGUGCUUCAUAAAUGCUUGUCAUUUAUGGCUUGCUUUCCAAUCUUUUCACCUUUAUAGUUGCUCUCUCCUUUACCCGCAAUUAUCAAGCCAGAUUCCUUAUUGUUGCCAAUACAUAUCAUGUUAAUUCUCAUUUCCAUGUCUGUCUUCAUGCUCUUAUUUUCAUUAAGAAAUUGCCUCCUUUUACCUUUUCAAAGUCUGCUAACUCUGGCACAAGCUUUACCAUCUUCUCUAACCAUGUCAGCCUAGUGAGCAUUCCUCUUCCCUACAUUUUUAUGGAACUUUAUCAAACAGUUGGUGGUUAUUUUGAUCAUGUCUGACUCUUUGGAACCCCAUAUGAAGUUUUCUUGGCAAAAAUACUGGAGUGGUUUAUCAUUUCUUCCUCCAGCUAAUUUUACAGAUGAGGAAACUGAGACAAACAGGAUUAAGUGAUGCAUUAAGUACUUUGUCCAAUGAGCCACCUAGAUACCCUGUUAAACAGUUUAUCAUUUAAUUAUCUAGAUCGUGUAUCAUAUCAUAUCAACUAGACUCAAUUUCUUGGAAGAAUAUAUCUACUUUUUCUUGGGCCCUUAGUGCUCUUAGCACUGUGCUGAGCACAUAACAAAUGUUCAGUAAAUAGAACUACUUGAUUUGGAAUUGGAAAGAACUUUAGUAUUCAUAUAAUGAGACUCUUCUCCCCCAAAAUGCAUAUGAGAAGACUGGUCCCAAAGGGUUUAAUUUGUCUGUGGUUAGUCUGUAAAUAGUACAUCAGAAUUCAGGUUUCACUCAGCAAAUCUAGGGCUCUUGGCAUUCAUUACAACAUACUGCCUGUUUGAUCAAUUUCUAUCAUUAGACAUCAUUGUGGGCGCCUAACUUUUAAUGGAAAUUUGCUUUCUUUGAAGUAAAAGUAGGGAAAGGAGACAAUUAGAGAGGAAACCAUAUAAGAUUGUCAAAGCCAGUGAUGACUAUUUUACUUCUGGGAACUUUUUUACCUUUGACUUGCACUACAAGAGCUGUGUGGUUGUCUGGUUUUUUUUUUUUUUUUUGUAUGUGUGUGUGUGUGUUUGUUGUUGUUGUUGUUGUUUUUAACUUUUCCAUUGUGCUUUCUUAUUUUUGUUGGAUACAAAUAAUAAUUCUUUUUUUUCUCCAGGUUCAAGCUAUGUCAUUGAGUCUCAAAUCUCAUUGCAUCAAACCAAGUUGUAUAUUGCCUCCAGAAGUAAAUACAGUUCUUUAUACUUUGCCCUAGCAAGGACAGCACACAAGGCAGGAGUUAUAUUAAAUCUUCAGAGAAAUUCAUUUCCCCUUCCCUUUAUACGAAAUUUGUGUAUGAAUUAUUUAAUCUAUAUCAUGGGUAAUGGCAUUGUUUGUUAGCUGAUAGAACCAUAAGUCAUUUUCACUUCUCAUUAUCAUGCCUGUAUUUAAAAAGAAAAUUCAGGCAACAUCAGUUUGAAAACAGAUUUCUCAUUGUAAACUCCGGAGAUAAUGCAAACAAUCCUUGCUAAUAAGUAGAUAUGGUAUCUAAGUUCAGUCUCACUUAAGGAGCUUUUAUAAAUAGGCAAUGUUCUUUAGACACUAAGUGGCAAGUGUGACAUUGCUCCAUUCACAUGGAGAAAACCUAAUGGCUAUAUAUAAUCCACUCUAAUUAUAAUUAACAUUUAUAUUGCAUUUUCUAUUUUCUAAAAAUUUCCCUAAAUCAUCAACUAACCCUUGCUGUAUUUUGACAUUAUUAAUUCCUACUUUACAGCUGGGAAAAACAAGUACAAAGAAAGUAAGUUAAUUUGUUCCAAGUCAAAGUAUCCAGUAUGCUUCCCACAGCAUAAAAAAAAGCACCCUACUCCAACUUGAACAUAGUAAAAACUAGGAGUGGACAAAGGGGAAAGGGAUUAAACAAUUUAGUUUGCAUGUGUGGAGGUGGAAAUUAGAAAGUGGACUGGAAAGUUGUCUAAUACAUCUCUGGAGCUAAAGAUUCAACAAUUUGAAGCCACAAGUUUUCUGCUUGUUAAUUGUAUAGAAUCCUAGUGGCCACCUAGUUCAGGUGUUCUAAACCUGAGGACCUGCUGGAUAGAUUUCAUAGUGUCCAGUGAACUUCGACAGGAAACUAAUUACAUCUUUAUUUUCACUAACCUCUAAUUGAAAUUUAUUAUUUCAUUCCAUUAUGAAUAUAGGCAACAAACUGCAAUGACUCAAAAAAGCUUAAAACUCCCUGAUAUAAUUCAACCCUCUCAUUUUACAGAUGAGAAAAUUGAACCUUUACAAGGGUAAAUAAUUUGUCCACGAUCUACAGAUAAGUGAACCCAUCAAUUCCAGAAGGAUUUUCUACUAUAUCAUGAAAAAAGCGAGGUUGAAGACUUGGAAGCUCUGCUUCUCAUAUCCAAUUCAUGUUGGGGUCAAUAGUAUUUGUGAAGUGCUUAGUACAUGCAUGGCACCUUUUCAGAGCUCUAUAAUGCUAUUGGCUUUCCUUUUAUUUCCAAUUUAUUCUGAAUAUAAAUUUAUACUUUUUUUUUUUUUUUUGCAAGGCAAUUGGGGUUAAAGGACUCACCCAGGGUCACACAGCUGGUGUUAAGUGGUCGAAUUUGAACUCAGGUUCUCUUAACUUAAGGGGCAGUCCCCUAUCCAGCUGCUCCAUCUACAGUUUCUUGUUGCUUCCUGCCCCUCCCCAUUAGACUAAAUUCUUUGAGAGUUGGGCAUUGUUUAGCACAGUGCCUGGCACCUAGAAAAUAAGUGCUUAAUAAAUGCUUCAUUUGAAUUAAAUUGACAAGUAAAAAGAAUGAAACAGCUCUUACUGGAAAGGAGUGUAUAAUCGAACGGGGAAGAUUAAACUUUAUAUAAAAACAUACAGCAGUAGUGUUAUUUGGAAUGGCUAUCUGGGAGUAUGGAUACAGAGAGAAAUUAUGAUAAAAAACUCAUAAAAUUUUAUUUUAAAAAAACUACCCCAAAUCCACACAGCAUAAAUAUAAAAUUAAUUCAAAUACAUACUAAGUAGUUAAGUACUAGGUAGUCAGGAAGGAAAGGAGAAGGGAGAGGGAGGGAGGGAAAGAAAAUGAGAGAAGAGAAGAAGGAAAAGGGAAGAAGAGGGAGGGAGACAAGAGAAGGAAGGAAGAAAGGAGAAGCAGGGACAUAAAGUCGCUGUUGUCAAGGAACUGGAAGGGAACAAGAGAAAACAAAAAAUGGCGACCUAGGAAGAGAACUGUUUCGGGAAGCUACGGGGAGGGGCCAACUGCCACAAAAGAUAAAGUGACGGAAGUACGAGAUCCGGAACUUCAUAGCCAGAAAACUAGAGGCGGCCCACAUAAGCACGCCCUCUAUUCUUCCCCGCCUAAUUCUGAGCUUUUCACGCCGAGUUACUAGCAGAGAAGGAAACAGGGUGGGGCUCUACGAGCCCUGGAUAGAAGGUGGCGGAUGGGGAUUGCGCAUGCCAGCCAGUCUGUGCAAAGAGCCCUGGGACGCCUGGCAAAAGAAAACCUCCCGGUGUGCACUAUACCCUGCUGCCCCUGGAAGUGACGUCCCCGAAAGACGGUGAAGUAAGACCAUGGCCCACGAGGCCCUUGGGUAUCCGCAGCGGGAGACUCUGUCCCGCUGGGAAAGGGAGCAAGCAAGGCUGAAAACCAGUGUCAUUGACUGGGAUACAGAAGCAUGGCAGAGAGAUUCAGAUUUUGCUGGUCUGCAUCGGGUCGGGGGUGUUGAUAUAUCCUUCAUUAAAGGGGAUGAUGUCAGAGCCUGUGCCUCUUUAGUGGUGCUUAGCUACCCUGAGCUUGAGGUGUUAUUUGAGGAAUGCCGGAUGGUUAACCUAACAGCUCCCUAUGUGUCUGGUUUCUUGGCAUUUCGGGAAGUCCCUUUUCUGGUGGAUGCUAUUCAGAGGCUACAGAAGAAGGAUCACAGUCUCAUGCCCCAAGUUCUUCUUGUGGAUGGAAAUGGGAUACUCCAUCACCGAGGAUUUGGAGUGGCCUGUCACAUUGGUAUCCUUACAAAUCUGCCUUGUAUUGGAGUGGCUAAAAAACUCCUCCAGGUAGAUGGGCUGAAGAAUAAUGAUUUACACAAAGAAAAGAUUCAGCAACUAAAGCUAGGAGGAGAUACCUUUCCUCUGGUGGCUGACUCAGGUACCAUCUUGGGAAUGGCUUUAAAGAGUCACAACAAGAGCACCAAACCUUUGUAUGUCUCUGUGGGUCACAAGGUGAGUCUGGGGACUGCAAUCCGCCUGAUCCAAGCCUGCUGCAGAUAUCGGAUUCCAGAGCCUAUUCGUCAGGCAGACAUUCGAUCCCGAGAAUAUAUCCGGAGGACUCUUGAACGUGCUAUCACACAGGAAUCAAGGCAAGAGAGGGAUCAUGAGGGAAUGAGAAAGAAGCAGAGCCCAACUUUGUCCCUUGCAAGAAGCUUAGAAGAGUCUACAGGAGAGGAGAGACCUGAGAAUCCCAGCCCAGGACUUCAUUCAUAGCUGUAUGACCUGGGGAUCAAGCUUUUGAGAUGUUGUCAUUGGGAGCCAACGAUGAAAGGAGAAUAGAACAUUGUGAAAAUUCUGAACAUCUUUCUCUGGCAGACUGGUCAAAGGAAAAUGCAAUUAUGUAGAAGCAAAAUUUCACUCUCAGGACAUGUCUUAUAAGAACUCAGUACUUUAUGUGAUUUCAGAAGCUUGAAUAAUUACAUGAGCUUAGCUUUCCAGUCAUGAUGGAAGACUUUUGCACCAGGCAGUGUGUGUCACCCAUGUGCUCACAGACACUAGAGAUGACUCAGUAUUUGAAUGAUUCAGGACCUUUAAAAUAUUACCUGUCACAGAGUAUAACACAGAUCACCUAACUUGUGAUAUCACUUACACGAGGCUAGUUUUUCCUUAAAAGGUGUUGAAAUGGCCCUGGAGACUUAGAUGACCAGGAGACCAAGACUUAAAAACCAUCUUCACUUCCUGGUAGUCUGAAUCCACAAAGCCAGCACUCUUGAGGAACAGCACCCAACUGAAUUCUUUCCCUGUGGUUGCCAAGUAUAAACCCAUUUUUAAAACUAUUAACAGUUGGAUAACUGUAGCCUAUUAAUUUUAUUUUAAUUUUGAACUGGAAGCUCCAGCCUGGCCUGAAUCAUGCCUAGCCUACAACACUACCUUAACACCAUCAUGCCUGUGGUCACGCAGCCUGAGGAACAGCUAGUCCAUGUGUUCAGCAGAAGACAGAUUUCAAGAAGGCAGAGAGCCAACUUCUCUCUGGAAAACUUGUGAGGCUUUUUUUUUUUUUUUAAAUUUGGAGACAAGAAGUAGGACUCACUUUUAAAAGAAAAAAUUCAAAUUAAAAAAAUAAUGACCCAACUCCCAUCAAACCCAUUGUUCCCCUCACAGAGUGACUGACUUGUGCCUCUUGCCCAGCUUUCUGCCUCUUGCUCAGUUCUCUUAAGAAACCGUGGACCAGCCCAACCCAUUCGCCAAGCCUGGCCAAUCUCUAGCAUCAUAUAAACACGUCGAGGGAAGGGAGAAAAGAAAGUUACCUAAUCACCAGCUCUUGCUGGCUCCAACAGACUGAAAGAGGGUGCUGUGGGUGGGUGGGAAAUACACAGAGGGAGCUGUACCUGCCAGCAAUCUGCUCAGUGAAUAAAGUCCUAGUCUCUCCUACCUGAGAAUGGAUUUUUAGGCACUGAAGAGGCAGCCAGACUCAGCUGUCAUGGACAAAGUUCCUGUUCUCCUUAGAAUAUUAGGGUCAAUCUAACCCCUUGCUUCCUUCACUUGUGACUAUAUGUAUUCUGUUGUUUUCCUCACCUUGUUCCUUCCCUCUGGCCCAUCACCCAGCCUCAGAGUUCUGGCUCCAGAACUCAUUUCCACAGUACAAAUUUGGCUUUACUUUUGUAGUUUGGCCAGAGCUUUCCUAGACCUGAUAAAUAUAAAGAUUAAUAACCUGCUCUGAUGCCUAAAAUAGCUGCAUCAACCUUCUUGGAGUUGUUUUGUCACCCCAAGAGGCAAACUAGAAGAAAUCCCUCAGAUGAAGGGUGUGAAGGUGGGAUAUGGAUUCUGGUGGAGACAGAGCCAGAGGAAAGGGAACUCCUUUGAGUAGCUCAGUGCCAGCAGCUGGUGCCUGUGCUAAGCAGCCUUCCAUCCUCCAUGUUAACUGCAUAGCAAAGAGUCAGGAGCUCUCAUCCUCAACAUCAACAGUGCCUGUCCUGCCAGCCUGGAACUUCAGAGCUUUGGUUUUGUACAAUGGGAGCUACUUGUACGCCCAACUCACUGAAGUGUUGAAACUGCUUUGUUUCUCUCCUUUUUCUUUCUAACUCCAUGUCCCAGAUUUCUCUUAAUGAAUAACACAUAUUUUUGUUAUAAGCUCUCCUAGCAGUAGCAAGAAGUUUGUUUUGUUAAACUUUCAUCUUUGAUUCAUUCUAACCUCCCUGAGAAUAAAUGAUUUAUGAGUUCCAUUUAACAGAUGGGGAAACUGAGGAUCAGGGCAGAAGACUUACCUGAGACCCCACACAGAAUAGGGGUUGGAUCUGGGGUUUUAACUCUUCCCUUUCAGUGUUCAUCUUGUCAUCUCCCCCCCCCCCCCCCAUUUUAAAUGAAGUCUAAUGAUGGGAAGUGAGCUAUUGUCUUUAAAAAUAGACUUCUUCAGUGGAUUGGAGAAAUGUGAAGAAACAAGAGAAAAUGAAAAAGGGAAAUUUUGUGUCUAGGGAAUGCUGCUAUUCCCAUUUUCUCCUCUUUCCUGGAUUUCUCAAUCAUUCUUUUGUGAAAUCUAUAAGGUUUCAGGGUGUGGGAGAUUGAGAUGGAAAAAGUGUAAAUUUGAAGGGAAGUUUGAGCCUCUCUCUAGGAGUACUAUAUUUCCUCCCAUAUUGAACAUGUAAAGUUGCUUUCACACUCUUAGUUGGGAGCUGGAAAAUGGUCAUGAAAAGCAUAUGUUGUGUGAUUAAAGACUGUAGUCUCACAGAUAUCCCUAAAGCCUCUACUUGGUGAACAAGAUAGAAUAAGAGGAAUUGGGGCCUCCUUUAUAAGCCUUUCCUUAGGCUUCAAGAGACUUCUCUAUCUAACGAAAUCCUGCCCCACUUGAGGCAAGUGGCUUGGAUUCAGGUUGUUUUUACAUUUUAACUUCUCCUGCCAGACAUCAUGUCUUUCAACCCACCUACAGUAAUAUAUUCUCCCUUUCACUUGGUUGCACCUUCCCUUUCUCCUCUCUGUGCAUUUCUUAAUUCUAUUGCCCCUCAUUUAGUUUUUGAUUUUCCCUUGGCAGAUAGAUUCUGAAUAUUUUAUACUAUUGGUAGUUACUUUAAAUGGAAUUUCUCUUUGUAAGUCUAACUGUUGGAUUUGUUAGUGAUAUAUAAGAAUGCUGAUGACUUAUUUUGUAUCCUGCAACUUUGCUAAAGAUGUGGAUUAUUUCUAAUAGCUUUUUAGUAGAAUCUCUGGGAUUCUCUAAGUAUAUCAUCAUAUCAGCAAAGAGUGAUAACUUGGUUUCCUCAUUACCUACUCUAAUUCCUUUAAUCUCUUUCUCAACUCUUAUUGCCAAAGCUAGCACUUCUAAUACAAUAUUGAAUAGUAAUGGUGAUAGUGGGCAACCUUGUUUCACUCUUGAUCUUAUUGGGAAUGCUUCCAGUUUAUCUCCAUUACAUAUGAUGCUUACUGAUGGUUUUAAAUAGAUGCUACUGAUUAUCUUAAGGAAAAGUCUAUUUAUUCCUAUACUCUCAAGUGUUUUUAAUAGGAAUGGAUAUUGGAUUUUGUCAAAUGCUUUUUCUGCAUCUAUUGAGAUCAUAUGGUUUUUGUUAAUUUGGUUAUUAAUAUAGUCAAUUAUACUAAUAGUUUUCCUAAUAUUGAGCCAGCCCUACAUUCCUGGUAUAAAUCCUACUUGAUCUCCAUUACUCCUUUACUUGUUUCCCUACUUCCAAUUUUCCUUUUUUUCUUCUACCAUUUAUCUUUCCUCUUCUCUCUCCUCACUUCUCCCCUCCACUCUUCUCUAUUUCACUUUUCCCUUUCCUUUCUUCCCUCUAGCUCUCCUUCUCUCUCCUUUGUCUUCUUGAGAUACCAUAAGUAGUUAUAAUAGUUAAUAUUUGAAUAUCACUUUAGAUUUGAUACAUAUACAUAAGAUCAGGAAUUUCCUAAAAGCCAAGGGCUCUUAGGCAACUCAAACUGUUGUACUUUCCCAAACUAAUUUUCCUUCCAACAUUUAUGAUUCAGAUAAGAAAACCCUCCUAAGUGCAUAAAACUCACCAGGCUUGCCUCUUUCUGCCUUAGUAGUUGAUCUGAAAUUCUGCCAAGUCCCUUAGAACUGUCCUUGUCUACUGAGGCCAAUGCCUGAAGCAACUUCCUAGACCAUAAAAGCCUUAGUCUGAUCUCUUCCUAUUGGAUUUAACUUUGUCUUCAUUUCCUACUCCAGGUGCUCUAUGGGACUAAGAUUUAACUAAUGACCUCCCACAAUCCACAGCAGAGCAGAGAAUUGAGUCCCCAACUUCACCUUUUAAGCCCCCUGAUCUUCUCUUCCAGCUGAGCUCUGGGAAGGCAUAACAGGGGUUAAGGUUGUGCUAUUUAGUUCCCAGCCUUGGAACAAAAUAAGCAGUUCCUAAUGCCCCUUGCCAAUAUCCAAUAUCCCUCUUCCACUCCACCCCCAAAACCCUAACCUAUGACCUGUCUAUGAAUUUGCUCAUUUGAGACGUACUGUCUAAGAAAUGAUAGAGGCAGAUAACCGCUUCAAAUCACUUCAGAUAGAAAGGCAAAUCUAUUUCCCUUAAUCUUGAUGAGUGGAUAAGUGGGGAAGGGGCAUUUAGUUAUUCCUUAUUCUUAGAUUCCAGCCAGAACCCAAAAUGAAAAUCCAUCACAUUUUAGAGAUCAAGAGCAAUUUCAUAUAUCUGCCCAGGAUGUUCUUUCUCCAAGACCCUUCCUUCUCUGUAGUUUGAGGCUGGAUUUCAAAAUCUCAUCUCAUUUCUGCAUUGGAGUGGGAAGAUAACCAAGAAGAGAAUAGUCAUCUCUACCAUACCUUUUUGGUUCCUAUGAAGGGGGAGGGAAUAUUGUUCUCUUUAAGAUUGUCACUCCUAGAGAUUGUGUCCGCUCUUCUGAUCUCAGAGAUCAGGAUCUCCCAGGCUCCAAGUGAAGAAGGGAUCCCAAAAGUCUGAAAAUCCUUAAAGGAGAAAAUCUCCUUCAACUCUGCCUCAGCAAGGGGACUCCAUCCCAAAACACAGUUUCAUCUUUGUUAUCUGGGUGGGUUUGGCUCAGUCCUCAAACCCAUUGAAUUCAAUUCAAAUUCUAGCCCUAGUUGAAACCCAGCGGAACCAACUUGGGACUCCACCCACGAGCCCCCUUCAGCUUGUAGCCAAAGUCCCCUAUUAUAAAAGAGCCAAACUAAAACCCUCUUUGCAGAGGUUCCAAACAUGCCAGCCUUAUGCUUGGCACCCCAAGGAGCUUCUGCCCACUAGAAUACUCUUUUCCAAUGCCCUCUUCUCUUUACUCUCACCUAUUUCCUUAACUAGACUUUAACCUUACUUCCAAUCCCCAUAAUAAAUCUCUUUUAUCAAUCUAGGUUUUCAGGUCUGUAAAUUCUUUUACAGAGAACCUGUGCUUGCACCGAAUGCCAAGGGGUUGCAGGGGAGUCAAACCCCUCCAUUUGAUUUCCUGAACCCUGAACCUGCCACUAGACCUUAUUUAACUCCCUGACCACAAGAAACCCUAAUUUCAUUUGGUUUCCCAAAUCUAAACCUUAUCACAAGAAUUCUAGAGAAGAUCCACCCUCCCCGGAUAAGAGAAGCAAUACUAUUCUGGAGCAAAUCAACUCCUAUAGAAAUUCUAAAUUCUCAUUCAAUUGAGAAAUCCUAGUCUGAUCAGCUUGGGCUGCCCAGCCCCUACCAAGAUACCCAAUAUAACAGCUUCCUAGAAUUAAACUCUUCCCAGAUGGCCCUAGGUAGCUUGCUCAGCUGCCAGGACCCUUCUGUCCAUUGAGAAAGCAUUCUCAGCCCCAAAACUUCAUUUCCCAAUAGAUCUUUGCCACUAUAGAAGUCAGUCCCUUAGCAAACUGAUUUCUAUCCAACAAUAAACUUUCAUUUUGUAACUAAUAA